AUGGAGUUCAAGCCGGCAGCCAUGAUUGUCGAUCUUUUCGGCACCGCUGUUCUUCCCGUGGCCGAUGAGUUCCACAUGCUCAAGUAUGUAAGAGUCUCGUGUGCUUGGCCCCUUGCCCUGCUUUUAUACGCUCCUAUUCUAGAUAAGGAGGUGGAAGGAGAAUACUUGGAUAAAAAAGAACCACUUAAGAUCCCGGGUUGCAAGCCUGUUCGACCGGAAGACGUUGUUAAGCCCAUGAUGAACAGAAAAGAUCCCGAAUACGAGUCCUUCAUACGUAUUGGGGUAGAGAUAAGCGAGAUGAGUGAUGGGAUUUUGGUCAACACUUGGGAAGAUCUGGAGUCAAUGAGUCUUAGACCCAUGAGAGAGGAUCCAGAGUGGAAGCAGAUCCUUAAGGUUCCGGUCCAUACUUUCGGUCCCAUGAUUAGGCCGGCAGGGCGCUCCACUCCGAGGAGCGAGGUGUUGGGUUGGCUGGACAUGCAGCCCAAUGCCUCUGUGAUUUACAUUUCUUUUGGGAGUGGUGGGGUUCUGUCGGCUGAUCAAAUUACCGAGAUGGCUUGGGGUAUAGAGCUUACCGCUCAGAGAUUUAUAUGGGUAGUGCAUCCACCAAGCAAAGAUGGUGACAGAGGCAAUGACAUUUCAGACUACUUGCCUGAAGGGUUCAUGGCUCGGACUCGUGACAAGUGGUCACCACUUGGGCUCCUCAGAUGGAAAUCUUGGCUCAUUCAUCAGUCGGAGGGUUCUUGUCACACUAUGGUUGGAACUCGUCGCUGGAGAAUAUAUUGA